GGAGGAGGAGGCGGCGACGGCAGCAGCAGCGGAGGCCAGGAGAGCGGCCUGACUCGCCUCACAGUGCGAAGAGCGCCACCACUCAACACACACACACACACACACCGUAUCCCUGCCUGCUGUACCACCACCACCACCACCUCCACCACCACCACCACCUCCUCCUCCACCUCCUCCACCUCCCGCUUCGCCACCACCACCAUCACUGCCACUGCUGCUACUGAAACGACUACUACCACCACCACUACUGUUGCUACUACUACUACUGCACCACUACUACUGCUACUACUACUGCUACUACUACUACUACUACUACUACUGUUGUGAUUGUGUUAGUAGUAGUAGUUAUUGAAAGACCGUGUCGCCCCACUUCCCAGACCAGCCCCCCACCACCACCACAAUACCACACCACCACCACCACCACCACACCACCACCACCACCACCACCAGCCUGCCAGCCCAGCCCAGCCCCGUCAAGCCCACACACCCUGCCCAAACAUUAGUGCCCAGCGCCCGUCACCCCCACCACUCCACCACUCCACCACUCCACCACCUCCACCACCCCUCGGUAUGGCUGCGUUAGAUGUCAAGAAUGAAGGCCCCGCAGCCUCUCUCUCCAUGAGGCUCCUCAUGCAGGGCAAGGAAGUGGGCAGCAUCAUUGGAAAGAAAGGAGAGAUAGUAAAGAGAUUUAGAGAAGAGUCUGGUGCCAAGAUUAAUAUCAGUGAUGGUUCGUGUCCAGAGCGUAUCGUCACCGUCACUGGAAGUACUGAUAGCAUCUUUACUGCCUUCAAGCUUAUCUGUGCCAAAUUUGAGGAGUUCCUGGGUCAGAUGUACCAAAACAACGGGAGUGGAGGAGGAGGUCAGCAGCGCCCACCCAUCACCCUUCGCCUGAUCGUGCCCGCCUCGCAGUGUGGUUCUCUCAUCGGUAAAGCCGGUUCCAAGAUCAAGGAGAUCCGAGAGGUUACAGGAGCUUCCAUUCAGGUGGCGUCUGAAAUGCUGCCAAACUCCACCGAGAGGGCAGUAACUGUUUCUGGAACCUCUGAGGCCAUCACCCAGUGCAUCUACAAUAUCUGCUGCGUCAUGUUGGAGUCCCCUCCCAAGGGCGCCACCAUUCCCUACCGCCCCAAGCCCCAGGUGGCCGGGGGCCCCGUCAUCCUCGCCGGGGGACAGGCUUACACCAUCCAGGGCAACUACGCCGUCCCCUCCGCCCCGGACAUGAGCAAACUUGGCAACAACUCCCCCCUGGCUGGGCUGCUGGGUCUGGGAACACUGGCCGGCGCUAACCCUGGCGGCGGCGUCAACCCCCAUGCUGGCAACACUGCUGAUGCUCUGGCAGCCCUAGCAGGUUCUCAGCUGCGCACACCUGCAGGAUCUGGCCCCGGGACGCAAACCCACGAGAUGACAGUGCCCAAUGAACUCAUCGGCUGCAUCAUCGGCAAGGGGGGCACCAAGAUCGCUGAAAUCAGACAAAUCACCGGUGCCAUGAUCACCAUUAGCAAGUACGAUGAUGGGUCAGAGGAAGCCAGCAAGCAGGAUCGUACUAUCAGCAUCAAGGGGAACGCUGACCAGGUGGCUCUGGCCCAGUACCUCAUUAACACCAGGAUAGCGAUGGAGACAGCUGGCCUGGGCAUGGCUGGGGUCGGCUACCAGUACGUCGCUCCCAACCACAUCGUGCGCGCGCCGAUACACUGAUGUGACCACCCGCUAGCCUUGCACGACCCGCCCCCCCCGCCCCAGCCUCCCCCACCACCCCAGCCACCCCCAACUCCCACCUGGCCCCCCACACACACCCUGACCCCCACGGCUAGCAGUGUAUCCGCCCCCACCCACACCCACGCCCCGCCCUUUAUCUACCACACCGGCGCCCCCCCAACACCGGUGCCCAUGUGGCUCAGUGUGUAGGGGUAAUCGCCCCCCUUUCCCCCCACUCCUACCCCCUCCCGCAAUGGGUCAACACGUAACUCAGCCGCGCCCCGCGCCCCCACCCUUCCCCCCACCCAUUCCCCCAGCGUGGCAAAGCCCUCCCCAGCCUCCCCGCGGCGGCGGUGCGGGGGGGCGGGGACCGGGAGGUGGGGGGCUGGCUGACCAAGGGGGGGCGCCUCGCUGUAGCCGAGUGGCCCGCCGCAGCAUCACCAUCUACAACAACAACAACAACAGCACAGCAACAACCGCAAGAAACAACAGCAACAACAACAACAAGCAGCUGCUGACCUGUUUUAUCUCCCGCUCUUGGUGUGUCCGGGGGUCGCCGCCGCCGCCGCCGCCGCCGCCGUCACCCCCGGACCGGUGUGUAGCUCAGUGUACAAGUUGUUCUGUUUAGUUACCGGGCGAGGGGGAGUGACGCGCCCCUCGCCCCGCCUGACUCUGGCGUGACCUCAUGUUUGCUCAAGAGACGUGACCAUCUGAGGGCGCCCGUGGAACCAGAAAUGUGACUGUGAUAACCCAAGUAUUGUAUCUCUGUAUACUGUACCGCGUUUUGUACUCUCCGGGGCGGCAGCAG